UAUUUCGAUCGACACCGAUCAGUCCUUAGUCUUACACAGGAAACUCUACAGACGUUACGAUCCUCCAGCAUGAAGAACUUCACGCGACUGACACUAGCUGGCUGCCUUCUCGUGCUUGCCCUUUCCGUGUACGGUGUAACAGCCGAUUCGAGUGAACAGGAAACGCAACAGGAGAACGCAGCUGCUGAAGUGGCGGAAGGCGCAACGGAAGACACUGAGGAUGGGGCGGGCGAGGGCGAGGUCGACACACCGUUCGGACAGCCCAACCAGAUAAGCAUCAUCGUUGCGCCCUGCGUUGCCGGUUAUCGUGCAGAUCACAAGGGCAAGUGCCGUCCGGUACUGUAGAGGGCUCUUUUCGAUGCUCCGAUCGUGUGCCCGGCAGGAUCGGUAUUGGAUCACAAAGGAGUCUGCCGUCGUCCAAUGGGCUGAAGUGCGCUUUCGGACGCUUUCCAUCAUCACCCGUUUUAUCACGGAAAUUUGACUGAGAUGCGAUUUUCGGAGUUGAAAAUGAAGCCAGUGCGAAAAAUCUCAAAUCGUUGUUAAAUGAUGUCUAUCAAUCGGUGACACCUAAUAAAACCCUUGUGAAUU